CCAUUGUCUUCCGCACUGAUUACGGAAUAUGGAGUACGGAAACCCAAACUGCGAGACCGGGAGCAAUCUCGCGACCAAAGCCAAAAUUGCUUCUCUGCGAGGAUCAUCAAUUCGAUGUACGGAAGGCUGCAACGAUCAGAGCUAGAAAUGGGAAAGAGGUCUCUGCGCUACAAGGAAAGCAAACUGAGAGAAGAAAUGAAACAGAAAGGAAAAGGUCCACAGAGAAAUACCCAAUGGUUGCCUUCUGGCCGCCUGCGCAUCUGCUUGCUUCCCCCUCAACGCGACCUUGUAGCCAAUUAGGGGGUUUUGGUGCCAGGCGGCAUUUAUCAUCACUUUCGUCUCGCCUUCAUCUUAGCAGCAUAAGAGGGUGAACUUUGGAGCUGAUUUCUUUGUUUUUGGUGUUGACAAAAUGGCUGGAGGAGCUCACAGACUGACGCCCACGGCCAAAAAGCCACGAUUUUCCACUCUCAUCUUGCCUGGAAUGGUCCGGGACUGGCGGCUGGCGGUUCCCAAGUUGUUUGCGGAGGAGUAUGGCGAUCGACUCUCGAACAGGGUAGUUUUCAAGCUCCCGGAUGGCGCAGAAUGGCCCAUCCGGCUUUCUGGAAGCGGGGGCAAGAUUUGGUUCAGCGAGGGAUGGCGACAAUUCGCUGACUUUUACUCUGUUAAUUCGAUGGGUUACUUCUUGGUUUUUGAAUAUAUUGGCAACAGCCGCUUCCUUGUGGCUGUAUUUCAUCCCAGUGCCUCGGAGAUUAGCUAUCCUCCGUCCCAUGUAGCUAAUAGUAAUGGAGCCGAUGAUGGUGGUGAAAGUGGAGACGAAGAAGAUGGCGAAUCUGUUGAAAUCUCGGGUAGCUACCCAUCUUCCCCGGAAACCAGGCAAGUGUCACUAGUGAUGAACAACUGUUCCCGGCCUUCAAAGCUGAAAAGGGGGCUUGACCGUGGGAUUAGUUCUGAGACAACCCCUGAUGAUGAGCUUUCUAGUGACAGUAGCCAGGAAGAGGAAGGUUGCCCAGUUAAUAGGAUGUUUGGGAGGCCAGAACCAUUGUCAGCAGCAAAGAAAGCCAGUGCACUCACUAGAGCCAGAGCUGCUUUCAGAUCUGACAAGCCUUUCUUCAUGCUAGCAAUGCAGCCUUCAUCUGUUUAUGCUCCAAUGUGUUGCAACUUGGUAAAACUAACUAUGUGUAACUCUAUUUCCAACGUAGAAUACAGUGCUUAACUUUUGAAGUUUCGUUCUUGAUUCUCUCCCUUUUCUUGCGCUUAAAACAUGGCUUGGAAGCUCUGGUUAAAACUCUUUUCGUGUACUUGCAUGACAGCCUUUACCGGUGUAUUUUUCUGAGAGAUAUUUGAAUGAUAAUUUCCGAGAAACUGUUCUUCAACUGCCUGGUGGAAGAAGAGCUUGGAUUGUCGAGUCCUCUGUCAGUGUCACCUCAAAUGCUGGUAAGAAGAGAGUUUUCUUUCACCAUCAGUCUUGGCUUGCCUUUGCGAAGGACACCAAUCUGAAAGUUGGGGAUGUAUGUGCCUUCGAGCUUAUGGACGGUGGCGCCAAACCUACAUUUGAAGUCACCAUCUUCCGUGCUGCCCAAGGAAGUGGGUCGUCACCGGGUGGCAAUGGUGGGGUAUGUAGAAGAACCAUUUCCGCAGCGCUUCCUGGAAGAGGAGUUUUAAAGAGAAACAUGCAGUCGUCUAAGGGAGAAGAUAACUGCUACAGGCAGUCCACCGUCUUUGGUAGUUCAUCAAAAGCUGCAACUCCCUAUACUUCAGUGAAUCCUUCCUUCGAAGUGAAUGUUGCCCUUAGUCAUGUAGAUCGCAAUCAUCGCAAUCGCCCAUGGAAAGUGAGAAUACCAUAUAGAUUCGCAAGCAGUAUUGAGAAAGACGUCUGUGAAGCAGAGCUAUGGGUUGAAGGCAGUUACUGGCUGGUGAAGUUAGAUGGAGUAUUUCAGAAAGGAAAAGAGUACUUAGACCUCGCUGGCGGCUGGAGAAAAUUUGCUGAGG